UCAAUCGCGGAUACCCUUACGUAGAGUCGUCUAAAGAUUAAACAGUCGUUUUUUCUUCUAAUUUAAAAAAUGUCUAAUUCACAUUUGUAUAUUGCUGCUAUUAUUAUCACUAUUGAAUUGUGCAGUGCGGGAAAAGAUAAAGCAGAACGAUAUGUCAACUUGUAUGGUUUUUCGAACGAUGAGACACCGUUCAAUAAACUGCUUGGAGGUGUAAGCUUUGGCUUAAUGAAAUUCAUGGGCGAGACUGGUGAUACGAUGCAGGCAGGAAAACCAGAUAUGACACCGAGUGACAAUCAAGAGUUCGAUUUUAUUGUCGUCGGUGCUGGCUCUGCAGGUGCGGCGCUCGCUGCAAGACUAUCUGAAGUAGCAGAUGUGACCGUUUUAUUAAUAGAGGCGGGUCGCAAUGAGAACACCAUGAUGGAUAUACCAAUUUUAGUAAAUUAUCUUCAAUUUCUGGACACUGUUAAUUGGAAAUAUCAAACAGAAUCGUCCGAAAAUUAUUGUGUCGGUAUGACAGAGCAAAAGUGCAAUUUUCCUAGAGGAAGGGUUAUGGGUGGCAGCAGUGUGUUGAAUUACAUGAUAGCAACAAGAGGCUUUCUAGAAGACUAUGACAAAUGGGCUGAAAUGGGCAACGAAGGAUGGUCCUAUAGCGAGGUUUUAAAAUAUUUCAGAAAGUUGGAGAAUGUCCAUAUCGAUGAAUACAGGCGCAGUAAAUUACGAGGUACUAGAGGACCACUUGCUAUAUCCUAUCCACCUUUUCACACGCCAUUGGCAGAAGGUUUUAUCAAUGCUGGAUUUGAAUUGGGUUACGAUUUCAUUGAUUAUAAUGCUGACAAAAAUAUUGGAUUUUCAUACAUUCAAGCGACUAUGAGAAAUGGCACAAGAAUGAGCACGAAUCGAGCUUAUCUAUUUCCAGCGAAGAAAAGAAAAAAUUUGUUCGUAUCUAAGUUAAGUCACGUUAAUAGAGUACUAAUAGAUCCAGUAAGUAAAAUAGCUUAUGGUGUGGAAUACAGCAAAGCAAAUAAGACUAUACAGGUGAGAGCGAAGAAAGAAGUAAUUUUGUCCGCCGGUGCUAUAGGGUCACCACAAAUUCUAAUGCUUUCUGGGAUCGGUCCAGCUAAACACUUGGAAGAUCUCGGCAUCAACGUUAUUCAAGAUUUACCAGUUGGUGAAAAUUUAAUGGACCACAUUGCUUAUGGGGGCUUAAUUUUUUUGAUAAAUCAGCCUGUUAGUCUUAAAAUCAGUACAAUGGUCAAUUCUUUAAAUUCAUACAUGAAUGACUAUUUCAAUAAUAAAACUGGUCCUUAUGCCAUUCCUGGUGGUUGCGAAGCCUUGGCUUUCAUAGAUGUCGACAAGCCUGCUGACCCUGAUGGAACUCCUAAAGUUGAAUUAUUGUUUAUUGGAGGCUCUAUCAUUAGCAACCCUCAUUUUCAAAAAAAUUUCGGCAUCUCAGAUGAAUACUGGGAAAAAAUGUAUGCAGAGCUUACUUCCCGCCACUCAUGGACAAUUUUUCCAAUGUUAAUGAAACCAAAAAGUAGAGGCCAAAUUUUACUUCGAAAUAAGAAUCCAGAGUCCAAGCCUAGAAUAUAUGCCAAUUACAUGACCCAUCCAGACGACGUAAGAAUAAUAAUUAAAGGAAUAAGAGCAGCUAUUGAAAUAAGUAAAACCGAAAGUAUGCAGAAAUUUAAUUCUAAACUUUAUAAUCAACCUAUGUACAAAUGUGAAAAGUAUAAGUAUGGGUCAGAUAAAUACUGGGAAUGUGCUGCGAGGACAUUUCCUUUUACGAUUUAUCAUCAAAGCGGUACGUGUAAAAUGGCUCCUGAAAAUGAUGAAACAGGCGUUGUCAACCCAAGAUUACAAGUAAAAGGAAUUAAAAAUUUAAGGGUAGGAGAUGCUUCAAUCAUGCCGGAGAUCAUUGCUGGCCAUACUAAUGUUCCAACUAUAAUGAUAGCAGAAAAACUAGCCGAUAUGGUGAAAGAGGACUGGGACUUACUUCCUAAAGGAAAUGAUUAGACUAUUAUUAGACUGUAUUAGCGAAGUGUUCGUUUGUGCGAAAAUAGUAUAUGCAAAUUUAUUUUUAUACUUUAUCUAAUUACUGCGAUUACAAGAAACCGUUACUAUUUUUUUCAUUAAAAACAAGUAAAUGCUACAAUCUGUCUGGCCACGUAUUUUGGCUAUAAAACAAAAAAUCUUCAUGUUAUGAUAUUAUACCAGACUACAGCAUACAGUAUGUCGCAGAUAAAGCGGAUACGUUUAUUUUUUGGUGAUUCAGAAAAAAAUAGUGUGAGCGAAAAUAAAACGGGGGGAGGGGGUAAUUAAAGGUUAAUCCGAUGGCGGAAAAGUACUCAGGGCAUCUUUCGAUGGUCGAGAAAUACUCGCGAGUAUCUUUUGAUCGUCGAAAAACCCUCCGAGAAUCUUUCGAUCGUCGAAAAAUCCUCCGAGCAUCUUUCGAUGGUCGAAAAACCCUUAGAGCAUCUUUCGAUCGUCGAAAAGCACUCGGAGCAUAUUUUAAUCGUCGAGAAAUUAUCGCGAGUACUUUUUGAUUGUCGAAAAUCACUCGAAGCAAUUUUUGAUGUUCGAGAAACACUCGUGAAUACUUUUCAAUCGACGACGCGGUUUCCAGGAGGAGAUCGCAUAACUUGCUCGUAGCAGACGACGCACUAACCUCGAGUCACGACAGUACGGAAGUGCGUCGCAUGCCGCCGUCUUCGGUUGACGGCGAAAUAUUCCCUCUUCAGAAAUCAAUUUUGAAAAUUGAUUUAAAAUUGAAUAAACACAAGGGUAAUUGUAUAACCGCGGUUUUAAGCAUUAUUUUCCGCAGCCUAUAGAAUGGAAGGGCUUAGAGCACCUUACCUAACUUUUUUUAUGUAUCAUUUUAUUAAACCUAGGGCCGUAAAAAAACCUUACGACUUAGGGAAAAAAGGCUACGGUAACUUUGUAGAACGUGAUUUGACCUUUAAUUAUCCCCCUCAGUUUUAUUUGCGCACACGUUAUUUUUUUCUGAAUCACCAAAAAAUAAAUGUGUUCGCUUUAUCUGCGACAUACUGUAUAUCCAAAACCACGAAUUAGAAAAAUUGCAUUGACUUACGUUAAUUGCAUCACUCAUUUCAUUAGCCUCGAAAAAUGGAACAUACCUGUAAUAAAAAUAAUAAAAUAUUAGGUUAAAAUAGUACAUAGUGUGCCAAGGGCAUAAAGUGGGUGUUUUUAGACCGAGUGUGGAGUUUGCAGUACGAGUCGACACGAGGUAGGAUGAUCCGAAGGCGAGUGCUUCACCGGCCGAAAACGAGUACUGCAACCACAGGAGAUAAAAAAGACCACUUAGCCCCCAUGGUGCACACACCGUAUUUUUGGCAACGCACCGCGGAUUUAUUGUUGUGUUUUUUCGUACGUGUGAAGCGGAAGGUUGACGUAACUAUUUUUUGACACGGCAACUAUGCUCUUGUUCGAUCAUUCUAGGAAAGUAAAAUUCAAACUCUUGCAAACAAUAAAUAAAUAAUGCAAAUACAUCAAA